UUGAAGGAACUAAAACUGCCAUAAAAUUAUUGCAAUCAACACGACGCAAUUUGAAUAAGUAGGUGUUCGAAUUUUACAGUAGUUAGAGGAAAAAUGAUUUCCUUUUGGUACUUCAUUGUUUUGCUCUUCAAAAUGGUAUCUGGAGAAAAAUCUUGCGAAUGCAACUCUGAACUGGAUCCAAUAUGUGCUUCAGACGGGAAAGUUUAUAAAAAUCAAUGCGAAUUUAACUGUAUUAACUUAGCUUCGAAUGAAACUUUGAAGGAAAAACCACGAUUUUUCUGCGUGGAAAGAUGUAUGGUACCUCUGAUAUAUUCUCCAGUAUGUGGAACAAAUGGAAAAACGUAUGUAAACAAAUAUUCAGCUGAAUGUGAUCAAUGGGCUUAUCCAGAGAUUGGAUUAGAAUUUGUGCCAGCCAAUAAGCUCCCAGGAGAUUCUUUUCUCCCUGAGUAUGAGGAAUGCAGGUACGACUGCCAAUGUCCAAGGAGAUGGAAAAAUAUCGUUGUGUGUUCUUCGUUAGGACAAGUAUUUAAAGAUGGCUGUGAAUUCUAUUGUGCCAAAUACUACUGGUAUACGAAACUGAAUGUAAGAGAGGCAAAACAUGAAUUUUGUGGUUUAUUCAACGUUGUUGCAAAAAAAAUUGAAAAAUUCCUACUUUCUUGAAUACCUGUAGUUAUUACAGUUGAAAAACUUCCUGUGGAUUUUAAAUCCCAUUUUAAUUUCGUCAAAAUUUGAUGAAACUCAUCUGUAAUUUCCAUCUAUAAAUUUUAUUUGUUACACAUUUGUCUGCUUAUUGAACCUCACUUCACAUAAUAUAUGAGGCUAAUUUGUCGAACCAAAUCAACUUUUCAUUUUUAUCUUCAAAAUCAGCUAUAAAAAGCCGAAAAAUAAAUGAUGAUUCAUCUAUCGACAAUAAAAACUAGUUUGUUUAAAUUCAUUUCCAGAAUAUUAAUAAUUGCUUCUGUUCAUGAAUUUCAUGCAAUU